GCCUGGCAAUUCGCGUGACUCAAUUGUCCUGUCGCGCUACAAGUCGACUCAUUUCCCCUUGAAGAGAAAGAGGCAACACCACGCAGAGUCGCACAAAUCAUCAUGGCCAAGAGAACCUGGUCCGAGUCCAACGGAGGAGGCGGAGGUGGAGGUGGAGGUGGAGGUCCAGCGACAACUUCUGUCCCGGAUGUAUCUUCAAAUGGCAUAACGGCCGUUGAACCCACGCCCAACGGCGCAGCUCAACCUACACCUAACAGGAGUCGCCAGGCCCCUAAUCGGCAAAGCAUCAGCGGCGUGUUGCCCAAUGACCUACCGCUGCCUCAGAUCUCACGCAAGAUCAAGGCCUGUGCCGCAUGUCGCAAACACAAGAUUAAAUGUUUGAUGGAUGAGACUGGCCCGCCAUGUCGAAGGUGUUCUGAGCGCAACCUGGGAUGUGUCUUGAGCAAGAGCUUACAAACCAUCAUUGAUGAAAAGUCGCAAUUUUCUGAAUCUGUGGUACAGGACUUGGAGCAGAUGCACAGCGCCCUCAAGCAAAUCAUGAACAAGGUCGGCCUCCCAGAACUUCCACCCUUGCAAAGCUCCGGCGGCCGAGAGUCUGAAGGCACACCUCCCAAGGACGACAAUCCCGCGGGUGGCAGCGGUCUCCAGCCACCAUCACAACACGACCACGAAGCUCUUGGACCCUCUUGUGACAACUCCCCCAAAGCCACGCCCGAGGACGAAGGGCUCCCCUAUGUCCCGAUCCACUCCCUCUACACCCUUACCAAACUUAGCGCCCUACGAUCUCCCGAAAACCCAGAAUCCCAACGAGGCCGUGCCAUUGACGACUUCAUCGCCCGCGGUUCGCUGACCUUGGCUGAUGCGGAAAGCUUGUUCGCCCUCUACCGAGAUCGCCUCGACCGUUACAUGUAUGGCAUCGGAUGCCGAUACAUGACCCUCGACGAAUUACGGCGCAAGAGUCCUAUCCUAUCUGCGGCGACCCUCACGGUAGCCGCUCUUCAUGAUCCCAAGGCAGAUGGUGUCUAUGGAGUUUGCAGCGCCGAGUUCCGCCGCUUGAUGGAAAAGUCCAUGUUUGAUAGACGGAUUGAUCGUGAUUAUCUCCGCGCUAUGUGUGUGGCAUCAUACUGGCUCAGCGACCUUUCCUGGAUGCUAUCAGGGUAUGCAAUCCGGCGUGCGGCUGAAUGCAACCUCCACAACAGUUAUAGCCAAGCCAUCAAGGGGCAAAAUCAAGACGCCGCCGACUGCGCCCGUCUGUGGUAUAUCCUCUAUAUCUGCGAUCAGCAUCUGGCAACUCUAUAUGGUCGCCCUUCAAUCGUGCAAGAAGACCCGUCGAUCCAGGGAUGGGAAAAGUUUCUUGAGUCUCCAGUUGCGACUGAAGAGGACAAGCGUUUAACUGGCCAGGUGGCGUUGGUCAGUAUCCUACGAAAUAUCCGGGAUCUUUUCGGAACGGACAAGGGAGAGUCGAUUCCUCGCGUGUAUCUCAACCACAUUUUACAAUUCCGCCGGCAGCUUGAUCAAUGGUACGAUCGGUGGCUGAAGGAACUACCAGAACAAUGGCCACAAAUCGGCUCUUUCCCCCGCAAAGGAACAAUUCUACACUACAACUUUGCACAAAUUCACCUCUACUCACACAUCUUCCGCGGUCUGUCCGGAGACGACCCUAUCCCGCACUAUUUCCUCGACUGCGCGAGCAAGGCGGUCGCCGCGGCGACGGCCAUCAUCGACCUCAUCAUCACGGAUCCCGAUGUCGCCGUUGGAAUCGUAGGCAUGCCUUCAUACAUGCUCUCUAUGACGGCUUUUGCCUGCAUGUUUCUUAUUAAAGUUGCCAUCAAGUAUGGUGGUGACUUGAUCGAGAGGCAGCAUGUACACGAGUUGACGACCAACCUUGUGCGACAGUUUCGAUCUCUGUCUACUGGCAAGUGGCACCUAGCAAAUCUCAUGGCUAGUGGACUUGAGAGGAUGACGGCGACGUUGAGCGCGACCGUGCAGGGACAAGUCCCUCUUCCGACUAAUGGGACACUAAUUGGCCCCGGCAUGACUGAAAACGUCGAUGUCGCGGGUCAACUUCUCCCAGCCGAUCGGCAAUUCACCGACAUGGAUGGCGACCUCUUCUUCGACUAUGAUAUGAGCUUUGGGCUCUCACCCGUAUUCCGGUUUGAUCCAGGCAUGUUUGCCAUUGACGGAUCAGGACAACCCAUUCCUAGCUACCCAGAAGCUGAUUAUGGAAUGCGUCAAUGACGAAAGUAUUUGAUCGAUCGCGCGUUCGUUUAGGUGCGGCAGAGUUCGUCGAGGUGGCUAUUUUUGUAUGUCUGGACGAAACAGGGUCCUGU